UGUGUUCCAUNUGUAAGUUCAUCUAAGAGUACAUCGACGUCUCCGAGUACGUCAGUACCGUCGACAACAAGCGUACCAACGACCAGUACAGUGUCAUCGAGCUCUAGUCCAACUACAAGUUCUGUAAGCACUUCCACGUCGUCGAGCGUGUCGAGUCCGACUACAAGCACUCCAACAACAUCAAGCAGUGUAAGUUCAUCUAAGAGUACAUCGACGUCUCCGAGUACGUCAGUACCGUCGACAACAAGCGUACCAACGACCAGUACAGUGUCAUCGAGCUCUAGUCCAACUACAAGUUCUGUAAGCACUUCCACGUCGUCGAGCGUGUCGAGUCCGACUACAAGCACUCCAACAACAUCAAGCAGUGUAAGUUCAUCUAAGAGUACAUCGACGUCUCCGAGUACGUCAGUACCGUCGACAACAAGCGUACCAACGACCAGUACAGUGUCAUCGAGCUCUAGUCCAACUACAAGUUCUGUAAGUACUUCCACGUCGUCGAGCGUAUCGAGUCCGACUACAAGCACUCCAACAACAUCAAGCAGUGUAAGUUCAUCUAAGAGUACAUCGACGUCUCCGAGUACGUCAGUACCGUCGACAACAAGCGUACCAACGACKAGUACAGUGUCAUCGAGCUCUAGUCCAACUACAAGUUCUGUAAGCACUUCGACGUCGUCGAGCGUGUCGAGUCCGACUACAAGCACUCCAACAAGCACCUCCACCUCGUCUAGUACGUCGAGUAGCGUGUCUAGCUCUAGUACUCCGUCGUUAUCUUCCACAGUGGUAACGUCUUCAGCGUCUUUGACCUCGACCAUUUUAACAUUGAGUACUAUUACACCGACAUCUUCCUUGUCUUCCACUGUGACUCCGUCUAAAUCUGUUUGCCCUGUGUGUGUUUAUAAGAACAGUAAAGGCGAAACUGAACAUCAUCAGAUUGGAGAUAAGUGGACUGAUGGUCCAUGUAAAAAGAUGACGUGCGAGGAAGUUCGAAAUCCUUGCUAUCCACUUAAUACAACGGCUCAAAUCAAGAUCGAAGAAAAGUUUUGUCCUGCUUGUCCACGGGGCUUUAAAACCGGAAAAACCAGUCCAGACCAAUGCUGUCCAGAAUGUGUUCCUACAUGUGUAAGAGAACCAAUUGGUGAAUAUUCGACCAUCUCAGUUGGAGAAUGUAAAUCCAAUCAAACAUACCUUCGUACUAAGUGUGCCGGGUACUGUGAUACUUCUUCAGUUGCUACACACGGCGAUAAGUUGUAUGACUCGCAAUGUACAUGUUGUACUCCAACCAAAAUGAAGUCAGUCCCUCUUUACUUGGUGUGUCCGGGUAAGGCGAAAAUGGAYGUAUCCAAGUUCCAGAUCAUCGAAGAAUGCGCCUGUAAGGUCAUGACAUGCACAGGAGGCCACGAUGUAUCAAACGUCAAGAUAACAAACGAAAAGGGUGAAGAAGUAGAGCAAAGACGUCGUCGAAAACGAUAAGAUGACGACUGUUGGGCAAUUGGGUUUUUAACAAGAAGUAUUAGACAAGUGGGUUAAUGAGAACCAGGGUUUUCACAUAUGAAUAAAAGUUUCAAGCAAUGGGACAUUG